CCCAACAAAUAUUUAACUUAUAUUAGGCCCGCGAUGUUUGGAGAAGAAAAAUACUAGGGCUCCCAUUUCAGCGCUGUUACAUAUAAAAACCCUUCAUUGUUUCAUUUGUAGCGGCUGCUUCUCCUCCGAGGUCGAACCCAAGAAGAAGAAGAGAAAACAAUGGCAGCAACACAAGUGAAGACUGGUCUGUUCGUUGGAUUGAACAAAGGACACGUCGUCACAAGACGCGAGUUGGCUCCUCGUCCCAACUCUCGCAAAGGGAAAACGAGCAAGAGGACGUUGUUCAUCAGAUCUUUGAUCAGGGAAGUUGCUGGGUUUGCUCCAUACGAGAAGAGAAUCACUGAGCUUCUCAAGGUCGGUAAAGACAAGAGGGCUCUUAAGGUUGCUAAGAGGAAGCUUGGUACCCACAAGAGAGCCAAGCGAAAGAGAGAGGAGAUGUCUAGUGUUCUCCGCAAGAUGAGGUCUGGUGGUGGUGGUGUUACUGAGAAGAAGAAGUAAUCAUCUUUCAAGUCUGAUUUGUUGUCUGAGCUUUGUUACUUUUUGGAACUCGUUAAGUUUUGGUUAACUCUUUCAAAUUAGCUUAUAUGCUCAAACAAUCUUUGUGCUGUGUUUUGUUUUUUUUUACUCAACUUCAACUAUUUCAUUCA